AUGUUUACUGGAAUCGUAGAAGAAGUAGGAGUUGUCUCCAAGCUCGACAACAAUGACUCUACUGGCGGUACUUCUAUGACCAUCGCCAUUUCUUCUGGUUCUCAGCUCCUCUCUGACUGCCAUGAUGGAGACUCCAUCUCUGUCAACGGUGUCUGUCUCACUGUCACCUCUUUCACACCCGAGUCUUUCACUAUCGGUGUAGCCCCCGAGACUCUGCGAAUCACCAACCUGGGCGACCUCAAGGAGAACAGCAACGUCAACCUUGAGCGCGCUGUCCGUGCUGAUACCCGCAUGGGUGGCCAUUUUGUCCAGGGCCACGUCGAUACCACCGCCAAGAUCCUCUCUGUUACCAAGGAUGGCAAUGCCCUGACCUUCCGUUUCCAGCCUGCCCGCAAGGAUAUGCUGCGGUACGUUGUCUACAAGGGCUACGUUGCCAUUGACGGUACUAGCUUGACAGUCACCAAGGUCAACGACCAGGAGGGCUGGUGGGAGGUGAUGCUGAUCGCCUACACUCAGGAGAGGGUUGUUGUGGCGGCGAAGAAGGAGGGCGACACAGUCAACAUUGAGGUUGACAUGAUGGCCAAGUAUGCUGAGAAGUCGCUGGGCGGAGUUGUCGGCUCGGAACCCGGAUCCGAGUCCUCGUUCCCUUUCAUUGAGAAGAUCGUCGAGAGAAUUGUGGCACAAAGACUUGGCGAGAAGCAAUAG